AUUGCCCGCCAUGACUGAGCUGGAUCCGUUCGGCGCCCCUGCCGGCGCCCCUGGCGGUCCCGCGCUGGGGAACGGAGUGGCCGGCGCCGGCGAGGAAGACCCGGCCGCGGCCUUCUUGGCGCAGCAGGAGAGCGAGAUUGCGGGCAUCGAGAACGACGAGGCCUUCGCCAUCCUGGACGGCGGCGCCCCCGGGCCCCAGCCGCACGGCGAGCCGCCGGGAGGUCCGGACGCUGUUGAUGGAGUAAUGAAUGGCGAAUACUACCAGGAAAGUAAUGGUCCAACAGACAGUUAUGCAGCUAUUUCACAAGUGGAUCGAUUGCAGUCAGAGCCUGAAAGUAUCCGUAAAUGGAGAGAAGAGCAAAUGGAACGCUUGGAAGCUCUUGAUGCAAGUUCUCGGAAGCAAGAAGCAGAGUGGAAAGAAAAAGCAAUAAAGGAGCUAGAAGAGUGGUAUGCGAGACAGGACGAGCAGCUACAGAAAACAAAAGCAAACAACAGGAUUCUGAAAAUGUAUCACACCCAGCCAAUAUGGGGAAACAGUAGUUGGAUAAUCCAAGGUAAGACUGGCUUUGGAUCCUAACGCAUCUGGUGUCUGGCAGGAUUCCUGCCCGGUGAUAUUUACGGAGACAGGCAGGAAGGUGGCAUGGCUUUCUGGGCACACACAGGCAGGGAAGAAGCAUGACUAUACAGUAGAAAGAACCCUGGAUUUAGGGCCAGGCUGCCUUAGUUGUGAGCCCUGAAUGCUGCCACUGUGGUAUAGCCAAGCAAGUUGUUUCAUCUCUAAGCCUCAGUUACCUCAUCUAUACAGCAGGGAUGAGAACAAUGUCAUAGGUUGUUAUAGUUAAGGGCUGAAUCAAUAUAAUGUAUGUGAAAGGGCUUAGUCCAUGAUUAGGUGCUUAAUAAAUGCCCAUUGCUGCUGGGGUAAGCCAAAGGGAUGAAGUUGGCAGUGCUCAUUCCAUCGUGGAGAAAUCCCCAUGUGGGAAGGCCAGUGGAAAACCAGGUCUGCUGAAGUCUCCAGCGCUGGAAGCCUCACGGGGGUUAGGAAGGAGCCCUGAGAGCAGCUCCUCAGAGCACAGUUGCACCUCGAUUGUGGAUUUUAGAUGUUUCUGCUUCUCAAUGUUCUCUCUUUUUUCCUG